AUGCUGCCUGACAAAACACAUAAGAUCAAAGGUGAAACAUGCAGUGGUGAAAAAAUAUCUAAAGAAAGAAUAACUGCCAUGAUUUGUGCUAAUGCAUCGGGCACGGUAAAACGGAAAUUAUUGGUUAUUGGAAAAUAUAACAACCCCAGAUGCUUUAAAAACGUUAAAACGUUGUCGGUAGAUUAUUGUGCUAACAACAAAUCCUGGAUGACUUCUCAGACCUUUACUGACUAUUUAAAGAAAUGGGAUUGUGAACUUAUAAAAGCCAAGACUAAAAUUUUGCUAUUAGUAGAUAAUUGCCCUGCUCAUCCUCAAGUUCAUCUUCACAACAUUAAACUACAUUUUCUUCCGCCUAAUACUACAUCGGUUCUUCAGCCUAUGGAUCAAGGCGUCAUUAAUAGCUUGAAACAAUCUUAUAGAAAGCAGCUUCUGAUGAAAAUUAUGGACCUUACUGAAGAAGCAAACCCGACAAAAGCUGUGAGUUUUUUAGAUGCUGUCAAUAUAUUAAGUGUUGCAUGGGAAAGUGUCUCUAAGGAAACCAUAAGAAACUGUUUUCGACAUGCCGGUCUGGUAAAAGACAUUCCUGAUGGAUUAGAUUUCGACCCGGAGGACGAUGAACCUUUAAGCAAAAUUAUCGAAAUUAAUAACGUAGUGGUUUUAAGCAAGUUUGAUGAAUAUUCAAGGAUUGACGAGAAUAUUAUAGCUACAGAAGAACACUCAGACAAUGACUUAAUUCAAGACUUUCUGCAUGAGCUGCUUGAAGAAGACUCCGGUGAUGAAGAUUUAGCACAGCCCGAAACUAUAAUAAAAAUAGAAGACGCUAUGAAUUAUUCUAGGAAACUGAAGCUACAUAUGUUUUCAACAAAAAGAGAAUAGUUCAGAUGCAAUCAAUUUGCUCAAUAAACUCGAAA